AUGCUCGACAACCCCGGCCAGAUCCGGCGGGAUUCUUCCCGCUUAGCAGAUGCAAACCCGGCCAGUGACGCCGGCGGUAACGACAGCGAUGAUGAUGACUUGGUGCCUGACCUUUCAGUGUCCUUACUCUCGAUGCCCCGUUUCACAACAGAGCAUAAGCAGGCUCAACACGACGCCUGGGUGCCGUUUGCGCAAUUUCUCGCCCAGCUGCCUGGCUUGCAAGAUCUGGUAUACGCUUGUACCAGUCGAACACCGGCCUGCGUACCGACAGCACUGCAUCAACAUCACUCAAGAAGCUGUCUUCACAUGCGGGCCUUCAUCCUCUCCAGUCUCGACCACCAGCAGGUCGAACAAGUCCACGGCAUCGAUCCGGACGAAUUCGCCCUUGUCACGUCGCCGUGCCUCUACCGCAUCAAUACCACAUCUGAGAUCGACACCCAAUCUGCCUUCGCCUAA